AAUCCUUUGGCUCCCUCGUUUUUAUAGGUUCGCACCAAAUCCCAAGACCUUAUUAAAUUCCUCACAAAAAAAAAAAACAAAAACCAAAAAAGAAAAAAGAAAAGUAUAAAAAUAAUAUCCAUUACUGACCAUUGGACCCGGCCUAUAAUGGCUGGGCGAAAAUUGACUCUGUGAUGCUUAACCAAUGCAGACUGCCACUUUUUCCACGAGAUGUGUAUAAAUGUAUGUGGUAUGUACAUUGUAAGAACAUAAUCAAAUUUCAGGAUACCCGAACAAUAAAGGCUAAGACGAUCGACAACCUCUUCUGCCUGCCUACCUCUUCAGGUGUUCAUUUUUUUUACAGCGCGCUAAUUGGGAAUACUGGUUUUUCCCCAGUCACCGAGUGAAUUCCCAAUCAGUUCCUUUAUACGCCAGUUCGGGCCUUGCUGGGGGAAGAGAAUAAUCAAUUGCGAUAAUCGGCUUAUAAAACGAAGCAAAGAUGUUUAGAGAGACGCAGAAGCCACUUGGACUUCAAGAGUAGCGCACGCAGUCUGAAACUAUGACUCGAUUUGGUAUCAUUUUGGUGGUUUGCUGUCUUUGGGUUGGAUGUGGCCAAGGCCGGCCUCAGAUUUUCGGGGGAAACGAUCCGUUUUUGAACCCCUGGAAUAGACAGCCGACGGGUCCGGUCAUCCAGCCAACGCCACCGACUCAGGGAGAUGAUGCCAGCAGCACAACCACGACCGCCAGGCCCACCACUCCCUCGCCGCGGUACCUGGCCUGCCUGCAAACGUGCCCGGCCACCAGCGAAUACAAUCCCAUCUGUGGCAGCGACAACAUAGUCUACUACAAUGAGAACAAAUUCAACUGUGCAGUCUUCUGUGGUCAGAAUGUUCAGCGGUUGCGAAACGGAAUUUGUUGAGCUUUGGGGCAGGAAGCGCGGAACAGACUGAGAUAACCCCCAGACUUGCUUAGUGUUAGUCAAUCUUACAAAGCUAUUAAUGACGUCAUGAAAUAAAAAAUAAAUACUUUGGA